AUGCAGGGCAUACUGUCAUCGCCCGAAGGCGUGAUACCAGACUUUAGUGGCACAAGAUCAACUCUACAGCAACGGAUACUGGUUUCAUACAGCGCGAUCACCGCAAUUUCAACAUUCUUCCUAGGCCUUCCAUUGUAUACACGAAUCUUUCUCAAUCGCAAUCCAGGUUUUGAUGAUUUACUUGUUUUCUUCAGUUGGUUGGGAUGCAUUGCCUGGUUCGCUAUAUGUACUUUCGUGAAAACUGACAGAAUAACAUUUCGAUUUGGAUUCGACCACCACGCCUGGAAUGUCACGCCUGAUAAGUUAACAGGAUAUCUCCAAACAAUCAUCGGAAUAUGCAUCAUCUACGUCUGGACACCAGCACUCACAAAGUUCUCUUUGCUCUUUCUGUAUUACCGGAUAAGCACUCAGGCUUGGAUGCGAAUCGCAAUUUACGCGGUUGGGAUAUUGACAUUUGGUUACAGUCUUUCUAUUACCAUUGUUGUCGUUGGACCUUGCAAUCCCAACGCUCAUACGGAUGGCAAAUGUUUGAAAGAUCUGAACUUUUCUAUGGCUAUUAUCAAUAUUCUCACGGGUUUCUUCAUCAUUCUAUUACCGCUUCCAAUGUUACACGCUCUUCAGUUAUGCAUGAAGCAAAAUUUUCUUCUGGGUGUAGUGUUUACGUUAGGAUCUGGGAUCAUCAUCGUCCCUAUUGUUCAAAUCAUUUACGUGUACAAUUUCAUCGGCAAUCCGGAUGUUACAUUUUACCAAGCCUCGGCUUGCAUCUUCUCUGAAAUUGAAUUGAAUGUAGAGGUCAUUUGUGCGUCAAUGGCUACAUUGAAGCCUUUCUUUUUUCGACACAUGUCCUUCUUGUUGUCUUUUUCCAGAAACAGCGAAAGAUCUAAGAGUUGGGCUUUAAGUUGGCUAAGACCAUUUCGAGGUUAA